UGUGGGUGGCAGGGCCAGGCUGCUGGAGGCCCUGAGAACCUCUUGUGAGGCUUUUGGCCACAGCCAGCGAAGGUGUGUGCGCCUCAGCUGCCGGCUCCGGUCCUGUCAGACUCGACACACACAAGAGCCAUGGGAACCCUUGAGGGACACCUGCUGCCAGGAAUGGGCUUUCUUCUGUACUCAUUGUACUACUCGGUGCUGACAUCCUUGGCCCUGCUACGGGAGCAGAAGGCCCUUGAGCACCCCAUGCUCCCGAGGAAGCUGUGGGGACACCGGCAGGUAUCGUACGAAGCGUUGGUGAAGGUGCUUAUCCCCACCUUUGCCACUAUCUGUGAGUUCUUCUACCCCCUAGGGGUAAAUCGUCUGCAGAUGAUAGACUGGAAGGACCCUCGGCGGCCGUUUAUUUUCAAGGACAACUGGGAGCAUAUAACCAUGUUUGGGUUCUUUAUCCUCAGUGGCGUGGUGGACAUGGUGAGCCAGGCACGGCCGGCUCACCGGAGCGUGAAGCUGGAAUGCGCCUUCGAGGCGCUGACUUUCUAUGUACUGGUCCUGCUGAUGGCAACCCACAUCGAGAACAAAAGCUCCAUGGAGAUCCGGGUGCAUCUCCUGUUAAUGCUGCCGUCCUUCCUGCUUGCUGUGGUGAUCACUGUGGAGACCUGGCUCCCCAGCCAUCCCCCGAUCUGGGUCCUCAAGUCCUGGCUGGGGCUGGUGUUCAGCAACUGGAUGUUUCAGAUCUGUGAGAUGUACGUGCCGCCCACUGGGCAGCCCUGGCGGUCAGACAGCCCUACAGACCAUGCAUUCCUAACUGUCUUCUUCUGCUGGUACAUGGCCCUUUCGGCUGCCUUGUUCGUUGCCAUCUAUGGCCUCUGCAGUCUCUGGCACAGUCGCUAUUCGUCGUGGGAAAAGACCUCUGGUCCUAGGUACCAGCGAUGCCGGGUGGAGUCCGGGUGUGAAGAACUGGAAAGGCUCAAGGCAGAAGCCCUGCUGCAGGACGGAGUUGUGUAGGAACAGGAGCUGUCUGGAGUGCUGUAUGCACAACCCGGAAUCCAUAGCGUAGCUUCCUACCCCAGGACUCGUAGCUUCCUACCCCAGGACUCGCCCUAAAUAAAACCUCUAGCUCCAAA